AUCGAUCAAAAUAUCCCACGAAAACCUAAACCGAACAAGUGAAGUAGCCAACUAGGGUUUAAGACGCCCCCCUUCUUUCUCUCCAAAACCCCUCCCUAAACCUAUUUAUCCUCCAUUCCUCUGUAAACAGCCAUGAAUAUCGGUAUUAUUAUUAAUACUAAAUCCCUGAUAAUAUUAACUUCAGACAAUGGGUCAUGCACACAAUAAUAAUAGUAAUAAUAAUAAUAAUAAUAAUCCAAUAAUAAUCAAAACCAAAGAAUCUCCUUCUUUUAUUGAAGAGUUCCCAUCUGAUUCUUUUAUCGAUUCUUUGUUGAACUUUGAAGAGUGGGGGGUUGACAAAGAUAUUGUUGCUAUUAUGAAUUCAAAGCCUAAUUUGGUGGAGGAGGAGGAGGAAGUUAACAACAAAGAAAUAGAUAUAAUAAUCAAACAAGAGGAGGUUGAUGUUUGUGACAAAUUAGAUGAUUUGAUCCAACAACGUAUGGAUAAGGUUUGUUUAACAUCAUCAGAUGCUGCUGAUGGGAUAGAAAGUACUAGUUUAGUUAUCAAGGAUGAGGUGGUCGUUGAAAAUGAAGACAAAAUCGAUACAAAUGGUAUUAAUAAUGGAGAUGUUAAGGUUGAGUUGGAUGAUAAUGAUAAUGAGGAAGAGGAAGAGGUAGAGGAUGAUUCUUCUUCGUCCUCCUCCUCGGGGUCGUCUAGUAGUAGUAGUGAUGAUGAGGAUGAGGAGGAGGAGGAUAGUGAGGAGGACGAUGAGGGAAAGAAAGUGAAAGGGGAUGGUGAAAUGGAAGAAGGUGAAAUAAUGGAGGAGAUGGUUGCUUGGAGUGAUAACGAUGACGGCGACGAAGAAGAUGUUGUUAAAGGGCCUAUUCGAUCCCGGAAUGAGGUUCAGGAUCUCCCUCCAGUCCCUCCAGUGACUGUCACGAUACAACCUCAUCAUCAGACACUUCCAGUCGGAGUUGUAUUAUCGAUUAUGGGUGCACAAGUUAUUGUGGAAGGAGUGGAGAAUCAUAACCCCUUAAGUGAGGGUUCAAUUCUAUGGAUCACAGAAAGCAGAUCGCCAUUAGGAGUAGUGGAUGAAAUAUUUGGACCUGUAAAAAAUCCUUACUAUAUCGUUCGCUACAACUCAGAAAUUGAAGUCCCUACUGCAAUCCAACAAGGCAGCUUGGUCUCUUUUGUUCCUGAGUUUGCUGAUUAUGUUCUAAAUAACAACAACCUUUACAAAAAAGGCUACGAUGCUUCUGGUGAAAAUGAUGAAGAGUUAUCUGAAGAGUUGGAGUUUUCAGAUGAUGAGAAAGAAGCAGAGUACAAGAAAAUGAUUAAAAUGUCAAAAAGGAAUUUAAGUGAACAGAAAAACGGGCAUAAAAAGGAUAAGAAAUCAAGAAACCGGGGCGGUAAGUGGAAAAAUGAUCCACAGUGUUUGGCUAACUUACAAGUCAAUGGUUCUUCUGGUGGGCCCACGAGAGGGCCACAUGCAGUUUCACCAUCACAAGUCAAUGGUUCCUCUGGUGGACCCACAAGUGGUUCUCAGGGAUUUGCACAGAGUUCACAGACACCUAACUUCAAUGGGCCUCCUUUGGGAGUUUGGCCAAAUGGGUUCCCGUCCAUGCAGCCACAAAAUAUUGGGUUUCCACAAAACGGGUUUCCGUCUAAUGUACCGUUCAUGCAACAGAGUUUUACUCAACAGCCCUUCCAGAAUCUUGGUUUGCCAAAUUUGGCUCCGUUUCUUCCACAGUUUAACAACUCUGGUCAGAUGUUUCCUUCUAAUUUUGUUCAAGGUGUUCCUCCCAAUUAUGGUGCAAAUCUUGCAUUUGCGUCUUGGCCUACAGGCAUGCCCCAGAAUAACUUCAACCAGUCACAAGUUGGUGCACCAAUGAUGUUUCAGGGUUUACAACAAGGAGUUGCAAUGCCUAAUGGACUUCAAAUGGAAAACAAUCUGAGACCACCUUUUGCUGCUGCUGCUGCAAAUGCUCAAACUUCUCAAAGUUCUGAUCAAGGAAAUGGGUUAUCUAACCGUGGAGGAAGACAACCAUUUCAAAGGGGCGGUGGUCGUUUCAGAGGAGGCAGACGUGGUAGAAGUGGUCCACAGUCCAGGUGAUCUGUAAUCAUAAUGCAUAACAGUUUUGUAAGCUUCUGGUUAGUUUUCUUGUUUUUAUCAUUUGAUACUAGGACUUAAGUGCUACUUUGACUCUAGCUGUUCUCUGGUUGUACAACUGAUGUUAUAUCAUGCAUUUGGUUUUAUUAUGUUCAAAACUUCAAAUUGUAUGUUAGUUGGGAGUAA